UUUUAAACUCGUAUUUUAUAUUUAAAAACAAUUAAAAUACAAACUUAAAAUCUAUGGUGGAGAUGUCAAACUACACUAAAUCUAAAUCCAAAUUGAUAAAACACCCAAGUAUUAAUUCCAACUCAAAGGGUGUUUGCGUAAUUUAACAAAGCACUCAUCACUCUUGCUCUCCGUAUAUAUAAGGGACUCAAUCCCUUGUCCAUGCAUGCACAUUCUAGCUACCUUUAAUAUUCAUUCUAUCUAUCCCUUAUCCAAAAUUAAAUCAACACCAUGAACAUUAAAUUGGCCACGGCCUUAACAAUUUGCUAUGUAAUUUACAUAAGCAAAAUCAAUGCAAUUGAUCCAUGUGCAUCUCAACCAGAUGACUCUGAUCUUAAUGUAAUUCCCAUGUAUGGAAAAUGCUCACCAUUCAACCCACCCAAAGCAGAUUCAUGGGACAACAGAGUCAUAAACAUGGCCUCCAAAGAUCCAGCCCGGAUGAGCUACUUAUCCACAUUAGUAGCCCAAAAAACCGCCACUUCGGCUCCAAUUGCUUCGGGCCAGACCUUCAACAUUGGCAACUAUGUUGUUCGGGUCAAAAUCGGAACACCGGGCCAACUUCUUUUCAUGGUUCUUGACACAAGUACCGACGAGGCUUUUGUCCCGUCCUCUGGCUGCAUUGGUUGCUCCGCGACAACUUUCUAUCCUAAUGUUUCCACUAGUUUUGUCCCAUUGGAUUGUUCCGUUCCACAAUGUGGUCAGGUCCGUGGACUUUCGUGCCCAGCCACGGGCUCUGGCGCGUGUUCCUUUAACCAAUCAUAUGCUGGCUCCACUUUCUCCGCCACACUUGUUCAAGAUUCACUUAGAUUAGCUACGGAUGUUAUCCCUAGCUAUUCUUUUGGAAGCAUUAAUGCUAUCUCCGGUUCUUCUGUUCCAGCCCAAGGACUUUUGGGUUUGGGCCGUGGCCCGUUAUCUUUGUUAUCCCAAUCCGGGGCAAUUUAUUCGGGUGUGUUCUCCUACUGUCUUCCUAGUUUUAAAUCUUACUAUUUUUCCGGGUCACUUAAACUCGGACCCGUGGGUCAACCCAAAAGCAUUCGAACCACGCCACUUCUUCGCAAUCCUCACCGUCCAUCUCUCUACUACGUCAAUUUAACCGCAAUCAGCGUGGGCCGUGUAUACGUUCCUCUACCAAGCGAACUUUUAGCGUUCAACCCAAGUACCGGAGCUGGAACCAUAAUUGAUUCAGGUACGGUCAUAACCCGUUUUGUGGAACCCAUUUACAACGCAAUCAGGGAUGAAUUCAGGAAACAAGUGACGGGUCCUUUUUCAAGCUUAGGAGCAUUCGACACAUGUUUUGUGAAAAACUACGAAACAUUAGCACCGGCUAUUACAUUGCAUUUCACGGAUUUGGAUCUAAAAUUACCAUUGGAAAAUAGUUUGAUUCAUAGCAGUUCAGGAUCAUUGGCUUGUCUUGCAAUGGCAGCUGCACCAAGUAAUGUGAACUCAGUAUUGAAUGUGAUUGCAAAUUUUCAGCAACAGAAUUUGAGGGUUUUGUUUGAUACCGUGAAUAAUAAGGUUGGUAUUGCACGUGAACUUUGUAACUAGCUAUAGUAAAGCUAGUUACAAUUUAAAUUAUUGUUUAGCUAAGGUAUCACUAUGUUUAGUUUGGAUCUUUUUGUUGUUUGGCCAUGGUGAAUAAGCUUUUCAUGUGGCUUAAUUAAGAAGAUAUAUUCAAUUAAUAAUGAAUGUAACAUGUAUUUGUGUUUAUUGGUGUGAAUUAAUGUGAUCUUACUGCAAACGGGAAAGAUCAUUUGGCUUA